AUAAAUAAACAAACCAUAGGUUACUUCAAUUAUCACUAUUUUGUAAUACGUGAAUAGAACUUUUAUUGUUAAUCAAGAAAAAUAACAAAGAUGAAUUGCAAUAAAUAAAUAAGCAUCUAUUGUUAUACGAUAAGCGAGAAAGUUAAACUCUAUUAUCCGAAAUAAUCCCGAUAUGCUUCCAUUGCAUAUUUUUCCGCGAGUUACCUCUAAGAUUGGUCGUCGUGCUGUUUUUCCGGAACUUACGGGCACAAAAUAUGGAAUCAGUUUAAAAUUUAGUACAUUAUGUAGCGCAACCAAGAUAUUUCAACAAUGUGGAUCUGACGCAUCGAAUGUGAGAAUUUGUGAUCAACGUAUACAGUUACAACAACAAUACUUAAUUAAUGCCCGUGCUAUCAGAGCUAGCUCCAGUGUAUCAUCUCAGAGUAAUGUUACGACACCAAUUGAUCUUUCUAAUACCGCGUCUGGACCUCAAACACGAUUAGGUUAUAAACCAGAAACUGUCAGCGACUUCGAAUUACUGUACAAAUUGACACAGGAUAAAUUUAAAUCUAAGAAACUGCCGAAGGAUGUUAAUCGUUGUGGUGUAUUUGCUAAUAAUGAGCUAGAUUUGGAGGAAGUUGAUGUAUAUGGUUUCGAUUAUGACUAUACGCUCGCGUGCUAUAAGCCAUGCCUUCACGAUUUACUAUACAAUUUGGGUCGCGAUAGAUUGAUUAAAAAAUUCAAGUAUCCUGAGAAUAUUUCAAAAUUGGAGUACAUUCCACAGUUUGCAGUACGUGGACUUCAUUAUGAUAUAGAAAAGGGUCUGCUCCUAAAAUUAGACUCGUUCCUUCAAAUACAGCUUGGAUCGGUUUACCGCGGACUCACAAAAAUCCCUGACGGAGAAGUGCUAAAGCUGUAUAAAAAUCGAAUUUUACCCAUCGCAUAUGUAGAGGGCCAAUCAAAAAAUUACCAGCCCAAUGCCAAAGCGAAAAUGGUUCAGCUAGCAGACUUAUUCUCUGUUCCUGAAAUGUGUCUUUUAUGUAAUGUAGCCGAGUAUUUUGAAAGAAAUCAUAUCGACUACAACCCCGAAAUUCUGUUUCAUGACAUAAAAUCAUCAGUGCAAUCAUGCCAUCCGAUUAUGCACGAAAUCGUUAUGAAAAAUGUAGGAGAAUAUAUUGAGAAAAACUGUCGAUUACCUGAAUAUUUUAAAAAGUUGGCAAAUGCAGGAAAAAAACUAUUUCUUGUAACAAAUAGUCCAUUUUCUUUUGUAAAUCGUGGAAUGACUUUAUUGGCCGGUGACAAAUGGCGCGAAUAUUUUGACGUUAUAAUAGUUCAAGCGCGAAAACCUAAAUUUUUUACAGAUGAUUCACGUCCAAUCCGAUUAUAUGACGAAACAACAAAUUCACAUGUUUGGGAUCGGGUUUCAAAAUUGGAAAAGGGAAAAAUAUAUUAUGAGGGAACUGUAAAACAACUACAAGAUUUAACAGGUUGGCGUGGUCAUAAUGUACUAUAUUUUGGUGAUCAUCCCUAUAGCGAUUUAGCUGAUGUGACAUUAGAGCAUGGCUGGAGGACUGGUGCAAUUAUAAAUGAACUCACGCAUGAGAUUGAAACUCUUAACAAUGUGAAUUUCAAAAAAAAUGCAAAUUGGCUGCAGAUGUUAACCCAACUCAUUGAAGAAAUUCAAGACUACGAAUGUGAACCUGCACAAAUUUGCUUAGAAAAAUGGCAAGCGGAGCGCGAUAUGCUUAGGAAUCAAACUAAAAUGGUUUUCAACGAACAGUUUGGUAGUGUCUUUCGAACUUAUCACAAUCCAACGUAUUUUUCACGACGUCUUUUUCGUUUUGCUGACAUUUACACCAGUGACAUUACAAACUUGGCAAACUAUUCUGUAUCUCACACUUUUUAUCCUCGGCGCGGUGUAAUGCCACAUGAGUACAUUUCGUAUUUUAUGUAAAAGGUGACAGUCGUUUAUACAAGGGGGAUUAAAUCAGUUUAAGUCUAUCUGUUUAUUUAGACUUGCACUAGCAUUUUUUCACCCAAAUCUUGUUAAAACUCGAAAUGCUAGUCCUUAGAGAGAGAUGCGGAUGCUCUCAUUAUUACGUGUCAUAUGUCCGUACCACAUUUUCAACUAAUUAAUAACCACAGUAGUUCCUAUAAAUCGAAAAAAGAGAUUAUUAAUUAAUUCAAAAUAUUUUGUAAUUUUUUAUUAUUAAGUUAACUUGCUCGAAUUUAAUUAUAUUAAGAAAUAUUAUCCCUAUUAAUCGAAAAAAGAGAUUAUUAAUUAAUUCAAAAUAUUUAAUAUUUUUUUAUUAUUAAGUUAACUUGCUCGAAUUUAAUUAUAUUAAAAAAUAUUAUGCCCGUAAUCGGCAAUUUGAAAGGGUAGAAAUUGUGGGAUAUGAUAUAAACAUGAUGGAUCGAUACAAUCUAAAACUUCCGGGAAUGCUCGUUUUUAGCAAAAUUAUAUUAAUGAACCGUUUUGUUCAACUACAGUCUUUGAUGUUCAUUAAUAUUGAAAACUAUCUAGUUAACUAUAAACUAUGGAAAUUCUUGGUUGUGCUAAUCCAAAGUUAAAGCCAUUUCCGCAGUAGAUGUUGAUAACUCACUUCAAGAAGGAAUCGGAUAACUUCAAUCUGGGAGGUACAGAUUGUGUAAAAUCAAUUCGUUAAUAUUUAACAUCAAUUCAAGUCAGUCGAGUGGUAAACUGAAAAUAAGUAUAUUUCCAAUGAUGUUUAGGUAAUUGUCUAUUAAUUAUAUUAUUGGUAUAUUAUUUAAAUGAUUGUUAAUGCUAUUAUUGUUAACUCUAUCAAGCUUAUAAUAAUGAUAAUACUACUUUAUUAUUUUAAAUAUAAUUAGGACGUCAAGAAUUCCUGAAAAUUUCUCAUUGCAGUUAAAAUUACUAAAAUACAAGAGAUAAAUGCUAAUUGUAGCAUUUUUUCACCUAGUCAGUUCAAUAAAAUUGUUAUAAUGGAUUGUUAAUAUAAUUAUAAAUGUAAUUGCGUUAGAAACCGCGUGUUCGUGUUAUUCGUGUGAAUAAAAACGUACACCCAUAUCAUGUAUCUAUAAUAGCCUGAGUCCAGUCGCCUUCAGGCUACCGUAGCCCGAAAAAUACAUUAAGAGAGGCUACUGGCGAAUAUGACAGGCUACUAAUCGCCAGUCGCCAUAUUUUUUGCAUAUUAUCUAUUACUAUCAACCCUCAUUAUAGUAUCCAAAUAUGUCAAAAGCACGCUACUGAUGAAGAAAGUUUAUUCAUUAUAGAUUGUAGUUUUGAGUAAAGCAGUAUAUAUAAUGAGAUGGCGAAUAAAUUGUAAAUACAAAUAAAAAAUGAAUUUACAUUAAUAUAUAAUUGAAUGAGUUGCUUUUUAAAUAUUAUUUAAAAUAAAUGCAAAAUAUUCCGGA